AUAUAAGGCAAGUAACAGGGCGAUCUACUCAAUGUGGAUUUAUUCGCUUUCUGUUUGCACAUGCAAUAAUCAAUUUUUUCCUCAGUUAUUUCGAAAUUACGUUUAAUCAGGCUUAUUUUUGCUGUGAUAAUCUCAUCCAACCUUAUCUAGGACUCAACGUGACUCCGUGACAACGUGACAACGUGACUCACUGUACUUAUCAUAUCUGCCUGCGACAAAAUUCUCAAUCUACAGUGGUAACAUUUUUAAUGUACGAUUAGAUUCUGCCACGCAAAAUAGUGAGAAAAAGUAAGAGAUACUUGGCCGUAAAAUAUUAUUCACACAGAUUAUUAUAGAACGUACAGAUUACUUUACUUUAAUCCAAAGAGGUAAUAACAAACCGUGAAUGAAAUAUUUUGACAGAUUACUGAAGAUCAAACAAAGCCCCAAAAGCAGAAUAAACAACGCAGGGUCAGCAAGGAUCAGGUAAAUAAUUCUUGAUUUAGGGACCAUGGCGGAGGACUCCCAGUCCCAAAGCUUCAUCGAUGAAACGCAAAACGGCGAAUUCGAUGACGAAAAGCGCGUAAGAAACACGGUGUCCCUCAGACGUUCCUUGGAAGUUCCUGGGGGAAUUGCAUUCCUCGUUGGCACAAUAAUCGGCUCGGGAAUCUUCGCAACACCAAAAUGGGUGCUGUUCUACGUUGGCUCCGUAGGAAUGUCUUUAGUGAUUUGGGCCAUCUGUGGAAUAAUCUCUCUUUUUAGCGCGUUAUGUUACAGUGAGUUAGGAACUAUGAUUCCAAGAUCUGGUGCUGAGUUUCAGUACUUGCUGGAGGCGUAUGGAUCCCUUCCAGCCUUCCUGUUCUCGUGGACUUUUGUGCUGUUUCAGAGGCCGGCUAGUCAGAUCAUGGUUCUCCUUGUGUUUGGAUCGUAUGUUAUCGAAGCUAUCUUCCCUGGUUGUGGCGGACGUGAAGAUCUUGGUCCGCUGGUUAAAAUGCUAGCGGCUGCAGCACUAGGUGAGUUGGAAUUUCUGUUCAGUUUUCAUUGUUAGCUACAGAAUGCCAUUUGUGGAUCAAAUUUUUAAAUACAUAGGCCAGAUGACCCGAGCAUGCGAAGAUUUUACUAUCCCUAGGUAGACAGUAUAACAGCUAAAAAAAAAUACUUCAUUUGGAAACACCAGGAAAACAUUCAAGGGAAACAUUCUUUUCAACCGCGCGGCCGGGAAAGAUUGCUCAAAACGACAGGUUUCGAAGUUACCAGAAUUACAUAUGAACUGUCAUUCGGGUUUGUUUAAUUUCUGUCUUGUAUGAUUUUCAAGGUAAACAGUACCGAAUAGUUAACUUAACGUAAUUGGAGAUGUGUUUUGGAAGAAAAGGCUUGCGUAAAAGAUGCUUUCAGCCAUAUAUGCGGACUAAAUGCUUUUCGCGUUUGAAAAAUGCU